AUGAAUGGCUUAUUGCAUCAUCGCAGCAGCCCAGAACGAAUUAAAAAACUAAUCUGCCUUGCGAUGAAGGCGAAAAGUUUGCCUGAAAGCUCAAAGCCAAUCUCAUCCAGUGCUGCUAUUUAUGACAUUUAUGAGAGUAUAAAAAGCGCAAAUAUGAAAGCAUUAAUAUUAGUUGGUGGUUAUGGAACUCGUUUACGUCCAUUAACAUUAACACAACCGAAACCUUUAGUUGAAUUUGCUAAUAAACCGAUGAUGCUUCACCAGAUGGAAGCUUUAGUAGCAGCUGGCGUCGACACAGUUAUACUUGCUGUCAGUUAUCGUGCUGAACAAUUAGAAAAGGAAAUGUCGAAAUAUGCUCAAGAUUUAGGGGUAACUCUGCAUAUUUCGCUCGAAGAUGAACCUUUGGGUACUGCUGGACCUUUGGCGCUUGUUAAACAUUUGCUUCGUGGUGACGAACCAUUCUUCGUUUUGAAUUCGGAUAUAAUUUGUGAGUUUCCAUUCGAGAAAAUGAUUGAAUUUCAUAAAAAACAUGGUCGGGAAGGUACUAUCGCUGUCACUAAGGUAGAAGAACCAAGUAAAUAUGGUGUUUGUAUUUUCGAUGAAAAAGAUGGUAAAAUCGACUGUUUCGUAGAAAAGCCACAAGAAUAUGUCGGAAACAAGAUCAGUGCAGGUCUGUACAUUUUAUCGCCAUCUGUUCUGAAUCGUAUUGAGCUACGUCCCACAUCCAUCGAAAAUGAAAUAUUUCCGACAAUGGCUAAGUCUGGAGAGUUAUAUGCUUUUAUAUUACCUGGAUUUUGGAUGGAUGUUGGUCAACCUAAAGAUUUUCUUACUGGAAUGCAGUUUUAUCUAAAAUACCUUCAUGACAGAUCGCCUUCUCAACUCGCUUCCGGUCACAAUAUUCAGGGCAAUGUUUUAAUCGACCAGACUGCUAUGAUCAAUAGUGGCUGUGUUAUAGGACCUAAUGUUGUGAUUGGUCCAAGAGUACGAGUUGAAAAUGGUGUUCGUCUGCGACAUUGCACUGUUUUAGCAGAUAGUGUUAUUCAUGCUCAUUCUUGGAUUAACGGUUGCAUUAUUGGUCGCAAGUGUACGAUCGGCUGUUGGGUUCGUAUUGAAAAUACAACUGUUAUUGGUGAAGAUGUUAUCGUACGUGAUGAAUUGUAUUUGAAUGGCGCUAGAGUACUACCACAUAAGGUAAUUUCGACAAACGUUCCUGAACCAGAUAUUAUUAUGUGA